AUGGCCAGUCGAUGCCCGACACCGUUCGCAUUUCCCUUCACACCGCUGGGUCUUAGCUUGUUCGACAUCGAUCCGUCCAGAAUCCUGAGCAUACUACACCACCAGACCUGGUUGGCCGAGGAGGCAUUGCGGACACGCGGCCUGUUAACGGCACCGAAGGACUUCACCCACCGUUUUACCACCCUAAGCGAUCUGCUGACCAAGGAUUAUCAGCACAGCAAUACGAGUCCGCAUAGCGCCAGCACCGCUGCCGGCGCCAAUGCAACCAAUGCCUAUGCUGAGCUCUCGGCCAGCGGCAAGCCCACUCAGCGUUCCAGCAACGCACAGCAACAGCACACCUCGACCGCCCCACUUUCGGGCAACGCCGAACCCUCGGAGUCGGAGACAAACAGCAAGCGUCCACCCACAGCUCCCAUGGACAGCAGCAGCGACGAUGUUACCAUUGUGGAGCUACCCAGCGACCGGGUGGUGACCCCCAAUAGCAGCGCCCUACUCUACAAGGAGUCCUUGGAGCACAGCACGCCCAGCAGCAGCGUCAUUGUCGAUGCCACCGGACUGCGUCAGUAUACGCAGCUACUCCUGUCCAGCGCCAACAAUACACCCAUCAGCUGCACCGACACUUCGUCGAGCUUCAAGGAGAAGAGCUCCUCAUCGUCUACCUCAUCGACGCCGCCGCCGACUACGGCGCUGUUGGCGCAACAUCAACAGCUGAGUCAAAUGCUGAAGAGUCCCUCGGACACAUCUUCGCUCUUCAGCGAGCCCAUCGAGGAGGAGACCCGAUGCGUGGUCUGCAAUGCUCACUUCCCCAAUGUGUGGUUGCUGGAGCAGCACGCGGCCUUGCAGCAUCCGCAUAUCGGGCCCGGCGAAGAGAAGCCCUUCAUAUGCGAGCAGUGCGGUCAGUCCUAUCGCUAUCGCUCGGCCUAUGCCAAGCACAAGGAGCAGAACCAUCGGGCACGACUUCCAGCUGACAAGCUCUUCACCUGCGAUGUCUGCGGCAUGCAAUUCCGCUACUUGAAGAGCUUUAAGAAGCAUCGUCUAAAUCACGCCCUGGAGCGUCUGCACGGCAAGAAGAGUGUGGGUGUGGGUGUGGGCGUCGGCGUCGGCGUAGGUGCCAGUCGCCUCAGCACCGCACAGCUGGAACAGGACGUUGUGACCAGCUCCCAGGAGCCGAUGCUGGCCGACGAGGGCGAAGAUUUGCGCAUCAACGUAAAGCGUGAAGGCGGCAGCGGCGAAGAGGGCAGCACCUCAACAAGCGGUGGCGCAGGCAGCGCCAUUGGCACGGGAACUGGUGGAGGUGCAGGUGCCGGCGAGGAACACGAACAAGACAGCACAAUCGAUUCGGCCGGCAUUACAAUGCUCUACAACGAUAACAACUCAUCGGCCUCGGCCUCCACGAGCGCCACGGAGCCGAACAUAAGCAGCUCGGAUGUCAUACAUAGUACAAAUAAGCGGUUUCUGGGCCUAAAUCCCCAGGAGGCAUCCAUACUUAACUUUCUGCGCGUGGAUGCGGCUGAGCGACAGCGCGAUAAGCGGCCGGCCACCUCACGCUUCGCCUGCCCCUUCUGUGGCAAGUGUGUGCGCUCCAAGGAGAAUCUGAAGCUGCACGUCCGCAAGCACACCGGCGAACGUCCGUUUGUCUGCCUGUUCUGCGGACGCGCCUUUGGCGGCAAGUCCGAUCUCACCCGCCACCUCCGCAUCCAUACGGGUGAGCGGCCCUACCACUGCGAGUCGUGCGGCAAAUGCUUCGCACGCGCCGACUACCUCUCCAAGCAUUUGACCACCCACAUUCACAAUGCGCCACGCUGA